CCUGAGACAAACUAAUUCACUCAAUCCACAUGACAUGCAAAUCCACAAAUAACUCUCAGUGUGACUAAAAUUGGUGCACUCAAUUGACUAAACUUUUAUUAAGUGGACAUUAUCAAAUACUAGUAAAGGUACUGGAACAACAGGAAGUGAGUGCAAAGAAAGCAACCAGUUUAUACAAUACAAAGGCAGAGGUAUUGAAUAUUGGAUACCUUGACCACAUUUUCGAACUGCGUAUGAGUUUUUGCUGUGAGGCGAAUUUUACUUCAAAAUGACAAGCAGAAUUAAAUCCACCAGGGCAUUAAGCACAAGCAGUAUACCGGCCUAUGCCUUGAUACGUAAACUUCAUUUUGAACUAUCUCCAGAUAAACCAAUUCAUCGACCUGUUCAAUCCCUAUUUUCGACAUCCAGCGGAUUUAACAACUUUCGUGGUCUGUUAAAUCUGGCUGCCUUUAUACUUGUCAUCUCAACAUCUAGAAUGGCAUUAGAAAACAUUAUCAAGAAAUAUCUUCAAGUUCCAAACUUAAAACCUUAUCCAGAAUGACUUUUUUCAGGAGAGGAUAAGAUCGUCUACUUAGAUAUUAGGGAUUCCUGAAGGACAUUGCUCUAUGACAGGUCAGUUUGUUGUUACCUAUUACACCUAGAACUGACAAUUCUUUUACAAGUGAGUGUGUCAAGAGUUAUAUUUCAUCAAACUGACUGAAUCAACUCAUAUAAUUAGUUAUCCUAAUAUUGUAUAUAACAAAUUACUUACUAAUCAGCUCGAAUCUUUUUUAGGGGAAUUUCCAUUUCAAAAAAUGACAAGAUAUUCUGCAAAGAGCUCACUUUUCAACUACUCCAUUAUUGUACCAUAUCUCCUCUAAAAACAAAAGUUGGACCUAUCUCCGAUGGUUACUGAUCUGACUGUAAGUCAGCUCUGUGAAUUAGGUUCAAUAUAAAAAAGGAACUAUAUUCAAAGCAUCUUUGUUAGCCUCAUAUUACUAAAACAAACUCUUGGAAUAAAAACGGUUACUGUUAUGCUGUAUUCGUAAAAAAGUGGAAUAAAAUACAUGUUUUGAAAGGAACACUUGUAUCGUGGGCACAUGACUAAUUUGAUGAAGUUACAAAAUCACAUAACUUUGUUUCAUUCACUCAGUUAAGCAACGGCUUCCGGCAAUUACAUCAUUCUACGUCUUUAUGAGAAAAUAAGAAAUAGAUAUUUAGCCUGUCAGCUUUUUGACAGUAAACUGGAAAACGCAAUUAUUUUAUACAAAUCGGUUUUAAAAUAUAUUAUUUGUUUAUUUAUUGCUAGAAAAAUUCCAUAUAUCUCAUACAACUUUAUUCACUUACAUCGUUGCGAAGAUUAGUGGCACUACUCUUUACGUAAAUCUACAGUUUCUUAUUGUGGCAUUUUCUCAGUCAGUCUUAUCAUUAUUAUUUUUAUCAGUUUAUGCCACAUUCAUAAAUAGUGAUUCAAUAAAUCUAAAAUCUGUGACAAAGGUCACUUUCUAUAGAGAUUGAAAUAUAAUGUUAAUCACGAACUUACAGAUGUGAAAUUUUAAAAUUUAGGGAACGGUGGACAACUGUUCAAUUUAGUCUGUUUAUCAAAUUAACUGUUGAUCCAAUAAGGCCAAAUGUAGGAAUGUAAACAAUUAAAUGUAUUCGUCAUUCUUGUAAAUAACUUAUAUGCAUCACAGUUAUUUUGACAAAUGGAAAAGUUAAAAAUGGCAACUUACAUGUCAGACCAUAACCUUUAACCUCUACAAGCAUGAUAACCCUAAAGUUUUUACAUGAUGUCAUUAGCAAAACUCACAAGAGCAGUGUAUGUGUAUGUAACACUUAAUAGCUUAUGAUUUCGAUAAUUAUACGUACGGGAGGAUUUGUUUAAAUUGUACGUUAGUUUCAAACUAGAACAAAACAGCUUCCCAAUGUUUCACAUAUAUUAGAGCACAAAAAUGAUCUAAGAGAAUAAAUAAUGUCCCAGAGACAGGGAAGAAAACACCAAUUCAUUUGCACUGUGGUGGAAGGCUACAAAUUCUUUUUGUUCUAUCAAACUGCUUAUUAAGCUUUUUUACUUUAGAAGCAUCUUAUAGUACAUAUGGGGUUGAAAAUCCUGUAACUGUUCGAAAUACUCUAAUCUCAUAUCAGAUAAGGGAUACGGAUAAGGUAUCGAUAGUUAUUGUAAUAUUAGACGUUUUGUACUAGGGAGGUUAUGUUUAUGCUUUAUUGUUUUCAGCCAAUUUAGAACAAGGUAGAAUAACAUUACUCAUAAGGUAACACUAGCCGUCGCUUAUCAUGUAUUAAAUAUGAAACACUCCUGAAACUGUGCUGUUGUCACCAAGAGCUAAUAAGGUAUAAAUUACAACUAAACAGUUUGAUAUUAUAUCAUCAUUUAAAGUAGAUUUUCUAACUAAAAUCUAUAAGAUCAUUUGUAAUCAAGGCUCAACAAAACUUACCUGAUACUGAAGAUUACCUAACACUAUAAAAUUUAUCAUCGGUUUAAGAAGACUCGAAUAAGGAAGUAAUUAUUUAUGGUAUUAAAAACUAAUUACAUUUGCUCUCGAGUAUUUAGAGUUGCUCGACAUGAUGAUAUAGACUAGCUGGAACCCAUCAGUUUGUGAUUAUGUUUAUCUGUCAAAGACUGUUUUUAUUACAACCAUGGUCAUUAACAUUAAACUAUUGAAACUCAGCUUGAUGUUUUCUGAGUCUGCCACGUUAAUAUUUGCACGAUAUAGACGAAGGUUUAUAAAACUGGAUUUCUUUAAUCACAUAUAAGUGUGGGUGCUUUUUCGUAACUCAGUAGACUACGGAUCAAAAAUAAAGUUUAGCGUAACAUGAUAUACUAGAGCAGUCAAAAGAUAGUGACUAAAUUACUACGGAUACUUCGGUUAUAAAAUAAAAAUCAUGUUAGUAACUUUAGCAGAUUUAAAAGUUAAUUAUUUCGAGUUACUUUUAUGCCCAGUCUCAAUAAAGAAGAAAACAACCGUAAGAGUCGAGUAAUUUUGAUCGUUCUAUUUACAAGAUUCUUAUUAGCUGCUUAGAACCUAAAAAUAUGAAAUAAUUUUACGGAUCAAAACCUAUUUGACUAAAAAAUACUGCAAGAGUUAGUCGCAGAAAUGUUUUACAUCUGAAACCAAUAUAAGUGAAUAUCUGAAGUAUCAUACGUUGCCGACAAAAACAUCUACUAAGGGGACGAUCAAAUGAAUACUCAAAAGUAUAAGGAAAGUUUGAUAAACUUUUAAAAAUAUCAGUUUUCUGAAAAUGAUUAACUUUUUACAGGAUUUAUUACAGUAGGUUAAUUAUGAAGCUAUACUUUCAGAAAACUCAGUUCUGAAUAAGGUUUAUUUUAACUCACAUAAGAAGUGUAGCUAUAAGUUUGAAACUAUCGGCUUACAUAUAUUUUACAAAACAACUAAACUUAUUUAGAUAUAGUACAUGACUAAGUUACAGAUUGAUAAUAUUCACUCAUUAACUGGUUACGUUUUCGUUAUGAAAUCUAUUAUCUUACAAUCUGAUGUAUUCAGUCCAUUGCGGUGAUGAGUGAAUAGAUGAAUUUGAGGUUCCAUAGCGAUUAUUAUGAUUGUAAUUGUUCAUAUGGUUUUAUUUAGUAUUUAACGAAUAUAUAGGAUUAUUAGUAGUUUCCAACUUACACAUAACUAACUUCCUGUUUUCAUUAGUCGUGUUUUAAUUGAAACUUAUACACAUCUUUGUAAACUCAGUGUUAUUUCAAGAGUGUAACUCAUAACUACUUUCAUGCAGAGUGGUGUCUUAUCCACAAAGAACUAAUUAGCUGUUUUAUUCUACUGUAGAGCUCUUUGCAUACUAUAUCAUUUAUUCUUUUGUUAACGGAAAUAUAGCCUUCAUGAUCCAAAAAACAGCAUACUGACGUCAAACCAUUGUUAAAAAAUACAACGGUUGAUAUCUUUAUCUAUCAAAGUAAGUAUGUAUCUAUUGUUUAUCAAUGUUAAAAUUAAUUUAAUGAAUUACAUAGUAAUAUUCCUUAACCAUAUAUAUGUGCGCAUGUGGUUGGAUUUUAUAGAUAUGGAAUCAUCAUGGAUCCAUUUUCAUGGAUUCGUUUUCUUUUACAAGCUCAACAGAAAUGUGCGGUAAUUGGGUUAUUUGGUUGUAAGUUCGUUAUCGUUUUCUGAUCAUUAUUCGUCGUACACAACGCAUUUACUUGUUUUUCCAUAAAAUCGUAAAAUACUUUCAUGAUCUCCCGUCGAUCCAGCUUCAUGAGUGACCUUCAGAGAAACUAUUAGUCAUCUAUUCAUAAAGAUCUUUAUUGGAAACUAUUAGAAUAUUUAAUAAUGUGGUUAUAAAUUCAAAUUUAUUUAUACUUAGGACUGAAAUCACUACUCAUACAAUAACCCUUAUUUUUAAUAAACGUGGUUUGGUUAAUGAAAUAUAUUUUUCGUAGAUGUUUCUAGUUGUAACGCACUUGUUAUGUAAGUGGGGUUUUUCCAUUAACACAAAAUAAAGCCAGUUUUGUUUGAUAAUCAACGGUUGCAAGGGCUGAUAAGUUUUGCUCGAAGACUUCAGAUCCGCUAAUCAAACAUCACUACCAGUAUUCUCUAGAAAAAUACCCCAUUUCAAUCAACGAACUUUGACAUGAGUUGUGUAUCAUUCGCAGUUGGUCAAACAGAUUUGCCUUUCGUGUAAAAAUAAUGUUAAUCCAGAGCUAUACAAUGACUGGAUUUCUCAACUUCAUCUGUUACAAACUAGCUGAUAACAUGAGCUUUCUUCAACUUAUUUAUUAAGUGAUUUGGCCUCACUAAUCUGUCUAGUUGAUAUUACUACUGAUCUCUGUACAACAUAAAUGUCAUCACUACUUGUAAGAGGACGCAAGAACAAAAAAAACAAUCCCGAUUACUUAUGAAGGUCGUAAGUCAGGUGUAAUCUAAAUUGCUAUAAUUAUUGAUCCAUUACUGAGUUAAGGGAACGUUUUCAAGUGGUACUCAGGCUAAUCUUAUACCAUAGUUGCACGAUGACCCAAUCUAUAAGCAACCCUACCAGUUAGUCAAUCACCAAAUGUUAUUUUAAAUUCCAAGUUUAUAUACUUUUUAAACGAUGUCAUAAUGUUUUUUACAAAUUUCCACCUAGGUACUAAUGUUUUUAUUAUAUUCGCUUGGUUAGUUGAACGUGCAACUGUUCGUGGUUUAGUUGGUGGUAAAUUUGCAAUGAUGCUUAUUGGUUGGAAUUUAUUUUGCCUGCUCACAUUCCCGACCAUCAUGAUCUUAUCAAUGGAUUUUAGUCCUUUGUUUAGCGCUCCUGUGCUUGGAGUGUACACUAUUGUUUUUCUGAAACUAUUUUCGUAUGCUGCUGUUAAUCGGUGGUGUCGCGAAUCAGAUGAAGACGGGGAUUGCAAUGUAGAUGUGGUUUUGGGUGUAUUGGGAAAGUCGACACCGAAAUCAGCUCCCACUCAUCAUGCCCAUAUCAGCAAACCUGAGAAUUUGAAUCCAAAACCUAUUAACAAUAAUGGUAAUUCUCAUCAAUUCGAUGAUCAUUCUGAGACGAUUAAUAAAUACAAUUCAGUCAAUGAAUCUUCGGAAGAAAAUCAUGUAUUCAAGCGAAAAUGUUCUCUAGUGUUAGAGCAUCCAGAUAUUAACUUUCAAGAAAAUGGAGUGAAUACUAACGCAGAGAGCAAAACCAAUGACUUGCGAUUAGAAAAUGAAAACAACUCUGAAGUCACACAUGAAGCUACCCGAAAUAGAAAAAAUAAAAUUCCAAAUUUUUCUCCGAAUUCGAUGACUUCGGAAAAUAAUGCAAAAUCAACAAAGCAUCUUAGCCAAUUACAUAUGAAACAUAAAAGUCAAUUUAGAAAAUCUCAACAUUCAAGGCUUAGUGUAUGUGAAAGCAAGGAUUACAAUAGUAUUAGCUCAGACCCAGUUGAAUUAGAAGUAAAUGUAUUGGUACACGAUGAAACUUGCAUGAAAUUUAGUCGUAAUUUAUACGUUACUUAUCCAAAUAACUUAACAUUAUGGGACAUUUACUAUUUCAUCCUUUCACCAACAUUGUGCUACGAAUUAAACUUCCCGCGCACAAUGACAAUAAGGAAACAGUUUCUGUUCAAACGUGUCUUCGAAUUGAUAUUCAUUCCCCAACUUAUACUCUGCUUGAUUCAACAAUGGAUUCUACCUAUACUGUCAAACAGUUACGUCCCAUUCACAGAAUCAAGAUUUAGCUUGAUUGUUGAACGUUGUUUGAAAUUGGCCAUACCAAAUCAUCUCAUAUGGUUACUGUUUUUCUACCUUUCAUUUCAUUCCCUAUUAAAUGUAAUUGGAGAGGUUUUAUACUUUGGUGAUCGAUUCUUUUACAGCGAUUGGUGGAAUGCGGAAUCUGUGCCAGCGUUUUGGUCAAAAUGGAAUAUUCCUGUCCAUCGUUUUGCUAGACGGCAUAUAUACAUACCCCUUUUACGGUCAGGGUUCAGCCGCUUCCAAGCUGGUUUAGUUGUUUUCAUGAUUAGUGCAUUUUUUCAUGAAAUACUUGUUUCGAUUCCAUUGAAAAUGCUACGAUUCUGGGCCUUCUUUGGUAUGCUAAGUCAAGUACCAUAUGCCUACAUAGUUUCACGCUUAUUCCCUAAUGGUGGUCAAGGUGGUAACUUAGCUGUGUGGCUUACGUUAAUAAUUGGUCAACCAUUAGCUAUUCUCGCUUAUUUCCAUGACUAUUUUAUAAUACAUUAUAAUGUUGGUGGAAUAUAAACAGCUAUAGUCAAUAAGUGAGUAAACGAAAUUUUUUAUUGUUUGGUUUUUCGUGAUAUCAUUUCCUUACUCGUUGCACAGUGAAGAUUUAUCGAUUUAAUUAGAUAUUUACACUUACCUAAUAUUUUCUUUCUUUAUCAAUAUUGUUUUUCUGAUUAUUAAUUAAUGAGAUAGUCAUUUUUAAUGUUGAGUAGUUUGUCGACUGAUAACUGUUAACUUCAUAAAAGUGAUUGCCUGGAUAUUCAUUAUCCUCUCUAUGCAAUUCGGCUUUCUUGGCUAACAAUUUUUUUUGCUUAUCAUUUCUGAUCCUCGUUGUUUUCUUUAUUCUUCUUUACAAGUAUUACUAAAGCAACGAAGAAGUCUUGUUAUUAAUCUAAUUUUUUUCCUCUAUUCUCAUCAUUGUAAUUUGAUUUCCAUUUCAACUGAAUUCUUACUUUUGAUGUAAUUACGAUCAUAUUGUCGGUCCAGUGUGUUUAAUUGAUUCGCCAUCUGUAUAAUUGUUAACUAUUUAUAAAUAUGUGCAAGAUUUUAUUAGACAUAAUAUCCAGUUUCAUUCUUAACACAUUAAAGUUUGUGAACAAAAAGUUCAUAUUUGUAGGUUGAAUUCAUGGCAUCAAUGCCUUCAGAUACGAAAGAUAAAGAAGUAAAAACGUUUUUCAUUCCAUUUGGAACUAUCUGAAAUGCUUGUAAGAACUUUCGUCUUAAUUCGAACGGACAGCUUCAGAGUAAUUGGGUCCCUAGUUAAUGUGAGACAUUAAAAAGGAAAUCAUAUAAAAAUUCUCAUUGAUUAAAGUUAAAAUAAAUCCAAAUGUUUCGCUCGACAUUCUAGUUCAUGCUUUUUCAAGGGGAAUAAUCAAACAUCAAAGUUAUCGAACAUUAAUAUAUGAUUCUUGAAUUAACUGUGUACUAAAUAAAUCCUCCAGUCAUGUUAACAAUUCUGAAUGGGGAAUUUGUUGUAGUGCUGGUAUGAGUCAUUUAGUGUGUGAAGGGAAAUCUUGAUAAGAUAAGAAGUGUAGUUGUAUGUAAACAUGAUGGGAAAGAAUUAAUUGGGUAUAUAUUGCAUCAGGGUGUGAAUUUAUUUAUCCGUCUUUUAUUCUUGGAUAAAAGUAUGAUAUCAGGGAUUUUCGGACAUUUUUCGUCCUUUUGGUGAGAUUAUUGAUAUAUGUAACAUCAUAAUUUUCACUGGGGAUUUUUUGUUCAUCGUUUAAAGCUAUUUGUAUGUGCCCUCCUAUGAACUCGUCUCUGUAGCGCAUCCAAGCUUGACGAUGAAUGAAGCAAGAAAACUGAGAGUUCGAGCUUGAAAUGAGAUUUUUAGUGCAAUUCUCCUCUUAUUUGUGGCACUCGACCACUAACUUCCUUGGAAGACCUCUGAAAAUGCUUAAUACCACACACAUAUUGAGAAUUUUAAAAAAUCCAUGCCCUACAAAUUCACAGACAGGUAUUCUCUCUCGACUUCAAGUGACAGUUGUUGAUAAAACUGGGCAAUCCGACAGAUAUUAUAGUGAAUAGACUUUAUCAUAGCAAAUAUAGAAUGAAAAUAAACAAACAAAUAAUUAUAAAUCGUUGUCCUAAACUAGCUAGUUGUUUAUCGCAUCUCCAAAAAAUUAACUGAAUACAACAAAUUAGAAGUAGUAAUGUGAAAUACAAAUUGAUUAAAUAUUACCUGCUAUGGCACAGCUAAUUUUAUGCCAUCCCUAAUUCAUAUUGUUUGGGUUCACCCACAUAUGUAGGACUUCAACUGUCAAUCUUUCUUUUUACGAACUAAAACCGUUUUGAAAGAUUCCUAUUCCGUUGAAGUCAACUGUAUGUUCAGAUUGUAUUGAAUGUAUCGCCGACUUGUUUUAUAGUUAUUUUGAAGUCUUCUGAUGAGUUGGGAAUAUGCUUCAAGUAAAUCUUGCUCUUUGUUCGUCGAGAGUAAAAUUGUGUCAAUGUUAUUGUAAAGUUUAAUAACGUUCUGUUUUCAGUUCUUACCAUUUGUUCAAAUUUUGAAGCUAAUUAAAACUUAACAAUUCGCUCACUUCUAUUUUGACAUGUUUUCCAGACUCUAAUUUACAAAUACAUCCUAAUUAGUUACAUUGGUUUAUGUAUAAUAUUGAUGAACACCUCAGUAGUAGUUAAAUAUAUGCCAUAAAAUCUGUUCAUACAUAUCGAACAUUCAAAUUAAUGCAUUUUACAUUCCACCUUUCAUAAAACCAAAUAUUCGUUCCUAAUAUUUCACAAGUACGGAAACUGAUCAUCUUGUUAUUUAUUUUUGCAGAAAAUGAAUAAAUCUAUUGAGAAGUGGAA